GCGGGGCCGGCCGGGGAUCCCGCAGACGCGCCCGCGCCGAGCUCAGUCGUGCUGCCUGCCACCCGUCGGUGCCGCUCACCCGCCGCCCCGGGACCCUGCCGCUCCGCCUGCCGCCCCCCGCCCGGUCCCACCCCCGGUCCCGGUCCCAGCACAGCCGACGCCGCCCCCCGCCGCAGCCAUGUCCAAGCAGCCGCGGUCCGGCCGGGAGGAGAUCCUGGAGUGCCAGGUGAUGUGGGAGCCUGACAGCAAGAAGAACACGCAGAUGGACCGUUUCCGGGCGGCUGUGGGCGCCGCCUGCGGCCUGGCGCUGGAAAAUUAUGAUGACUUAUACCACUGGUCAGUUGAAUCCUAUCCAGACUUCUGGGCGGAGUUCUGGAAAUUCAGUGGAAUUGUCUUCUCACGCACGUAUGAUGAGGUUGUGGACACAUCGAAAGGAAUCGCAGAUGUCCCCGAGUGGUUCAAAGGCAGUCGUCUAAACUACGCGGAAAACCUCCUGCGGCACAAAGAAAAUGACCGAGUUGCCCUAUACGCUGCAAGGGAAGGCAAAGAGGAAAUUGUGAAGGUGACGUUUGAAGAGUUGCGGCAACAAGUAGCUUUGUUUGCAGCAGCAAUGAGGAAAAUGGGCGUGAAACAAGGAGACCGGGUGGUCGGUUAUUUACCCAACGGUGUGCAUGCCGUGGAGGCCAUGCUGGCUGCAGCGAGCAUCGGUGCCAUCUGGAGCUCCACGUCCCCAGACUUCGGUGUGAAUGGUGUUCUGGACCGCUUUUCUCAAAUCCAGCCAAAGCUCAUCUUCUCCGUGGAGGCUGUCCUGUACAAUGGCAAGGAGUAUAGCCACAUGGACAAGCUGCAGCAGGUGGUGAAAGGACUUCCAGACUUGAAAAAGGUGGUGCUGAUUCCUUACAUUGCCUCUAAAGAGAAGAUAGACAUUUCCAAGAUUCCAAAUAGCGUGUUUCUGGAUGACUUUCUUGCAACCAGGAAAGGCGAGCAGGCCCCACAGCUGGAGUUCGAGCAGCUGUCCUUCAGCCAUCCACUCUUCAUCAUGUUUUCAUCAGGCACGACGGGGGCGCCCAAGUGCAUGGUGCAUUCUGCUGGGGGCACCCUCAUCCAGCACCUGAAGGAGCACAUUCUUCACGGCAACAUGGGCAGCGGAGACAUCCUGCUGUAUUACACCACGGUUGGCUGGAUGAUGUGGAACUGGAUGGUGUCCGCUCUUGCCACAGGGGCGGCUGUGGUCUUGUACGACGGCUCCCCCCUGGUGCCCACGCCCAACGUGCUCUGGGACCUGAUUGACAGGAUAGGCAUCACCAUCCUUGGAACAGGUGCCAAGUGGCUGGCCAUCCUGGAAGAGAAAAACAUGAAGCCAGUGGAAACCCACAGUCUGCAGACACUUCACACGGUCUUGUCCACCGGCUCCUCUCUGAAAGCCCAGAGCUACGACUACGUCUACAGGUGCAUCAAGAACAGCGUCCUCCUGGGCUCCAUCUCAGGUGGCACUGACAUCAUCUCCUGCUUCAUGGGCCAGAAUUUUUCUAUUCCUGUGUAUAAAGGGGAGAUUCAGGCCCGGAACCUGGGCAUGGCCGUGGAAGCCUGGAACGAGGAAGGAAAGGCAAUCUGGGGAGAGAGUGGUGAGCUGGUGUGCACCAAGCCGAUCCCCUGCCAGCCCACGUGCUUCUGGAACGAUGAGAAUGGGAGCAAGUACAGGAAGGCCUAUUUCUCCAGAUUCCCAGGUGUCUGGGCGCAUGGCGACUACUGCAGAAUCAACCCCAAGACUGGGGGCAUCAUCAUGCUGGGCCGGAGCGAUGGCACGCUCAACCCCAACGGAGUGCGAUUCGGCAGUUCGGAAAUCUAUAACAUCGUGGAGGCCUUCGAGGAGGUGAUGGACAGCCUCUGUGUCCCCCAGUACAACAAGGAUGGGGAGGAGAGGGUGCUCCUCUUCCUGAAGAUGGCUUCUGGCCACACGUUCGGGCCUGAACUGGUGAAGAGCAUCCGCAAUGCUAUCCGCGUCGGCCUGUCCGCACGGCACGUGCCCAGCCUCAUCUUGGAGACCAAGGGCAUUCCGGACGUGUGUCCUUUGCUGCUGGAAGGGCUACCCCCAACUGUGUGUGCUCAUGAGACUAGUGGCACGGUUUAUCCGAGAGAUGCAGGAAAUGGUGGCCCGUCUUUCUGUCCUCAGCGUGGCGCUCGGGUCGCCGUCAGCCCCCGCUCUCCCCAGCUGAGACGCCUGGCCCACCCCAACGGCAGGCAGCAUGACGUGUACGCCCCAGGAAGGCCUGAGCAGCAGCCGGCGGGGGGUGGGGGGCUCUCUGCCUCCCUGCCACCCUCCUCACCAGAGGAAGCAGUAGCGGGAUUUCUUCUGAAACAUGGUCUUCUUUCUUUUGUCAGCUGAUGGAAGAUAUAAAUUAUUAGCUCCCCUGAGCCGUUCUUGGAGCUUUUGUGUAAAGCUAACAAGCCCAUACAGUUGCAUGAGACUCUUGCAUUUCGGGGCGAGAGGGGCUAACACCCACAUGACAGGCAGUCCCUCGGAAGCUAGCGCUUAGAUCCUUAAUUAGUUCACACAUCGCCCGAGUUUUUCAAAUGAAUGAAUUUUAAUUACAUCUCAGGUUAAAAAAAAAAAUAGUGCCCGUGGAGGAGAGAUCAGGGCACCGCCGUUUUCCUUAAGGUCUCUGCCCUCGAGUCCCCUGCCCCCAGACACCCGCCCUGCCACCAGAGGCACGGGGAUCAAAGGCGGAACAUGCGGGCCACAGAUUUUAGGGGGAGCUUUGAACGUUUGGAAGGAGUCUGGCUGUGAGGAAAGUAAUACCCCAUCCUGACCUGAUGAACGGUUCUGAGGGAAGAUUUGGGGGAAGCUUGGUGAGGCUCAUGGACGAGGCUCGAUGGCCAGUUGAUGGUGACGAGGUGGCAGAAGCCAGCCUGCUGCUGACAUGAUGCUGAUGGCCCGACUUUAUGGUACAGAGAAGGGUAAUGAAGUCAGUCUAACUGACGAAAUAGAAACAGUCUGACAGUGAGGCACUUGCAAGAGCUGUCUGUGUGUGAGCCCCCUGGAGCCCCGUCCUCCCGGCAGGGAGAGGUGCUGGACCCCCCUUCAUGCUCGAGGAGGCAACUGGGCUUAGGGAAUCAGCCCACAAUCCCCCAGAUGCAGUGAUCCAAGUGCCACCUGCUCACCGGGUGGAAGGCCCCCUCCCUGGCGCACCUGCGUGGCUGGCUCCAGGCCGAGGUCGUUCGGUCCGCGGUUUGGACGUUUGUUCUGUGGUUUGGUCCUUCGGUUUGGUUGGUUUGUUCCGUGGUUUGGUCCUUCAGUCUGUGGUUUGCACGUUCGGUCUGCGGGUCUGUGGUUUGCACGUUUGGUCCACGGUUUGGUUGUUCGGUCCAUGGUUUGGAUGUUCGGUCUGUGGGUUCGCGGUUUGGACGUUCCAUCCGCGGUUUGCACGUUCGGUCCGAGGUUUGCAUGUUCUGUCCAUGGGUUCGCGGUUUGGACAUUCCGUCCGUGGUUUGCACGUUCGGUCCGCGGUUUGCAUGUUUGGUCUGUGGUUGCACUUUUGGUCUGCGGUUUGCAUGUUCGGUCUGCAGGUCCGCGGUUUGGACAUUUGGUCCGCAGUUUGCACGUUCCGUCUGCGGUUUGCACGGUCGGUCCGCGGUUUGCACAUGCUUGGACCCGGGAGCUGAGGGCUCUCUUCCCCUUGAGACUCAGCGCUGUGUUUCUUUCGUCC